CGAUUCUUGGCAACAGUAUAGACGGGUGUUUUCUCUGUGUAAGUGCAUUGUGUGGUUUUUAAAGAAAGAAAAAGGUUGAAUUUGUUAAUUUAUAUAAAAAUGGAGGUGUCUUUAAAUCCUGUACGAGUGCUUAAAAAUGACGCACAGGAAGAAAAAGCCGAAAUGGCAAGGCUUUCGUCCUUUAUUGGAGCCAUUGCUAUUGGUGAUUUAGUAAAAAGCACGUUAGGCCCUAAAGGCAUGGAUAAAAUAUUGGUAUCACACGGCCGUAAUAUGGGCGAAGUCCAAGUGACAAAUGAUGGAGCUACUAUUUUACGAGCUGUUGGUGUUGAUAACCCUGCUGCCAAAAUUCUAGUCGAUAUGUCUCGCGUGCAGGAUGACGAGGUCGGAGAUGGAACUACGUCAGUUACUGUUUUGGCAGCUGAACUUUUACGCGAAGCUGAAAAACUUAUCGAUCAAAAAUUGCAUCCACAAAUAAUAAUUGCUGGAUGGCGUAUGGCUACAAAAGUAGCCCGUGAAGCACUAACCGAAGCAUCCCAGGAUAAUUCGGCAAAUGAUGAAAAAUUCAAAGAAGAUUUAUUAAAUAUAUCGCGUACUACAUUAUCAUCAAAAAUUUUGCAUCAACAUAAGGACUUCUUCGCGAAAUUGGCAGUGAAUGCAGUGUUACGUUUAAAAGGCUCAGGCGAUUUACAUGCGCUUCAAAUUAUUAAAAAAACUGGCGGCACUUUAGAUGAUUCUUUUCUAGACGAAGGCUUUUUACUAGACAAAAAGCCGGGUGUACAUCAACCUCAAAGGGUUCAAAAGGCAAAAAUCCUUAUUGCUAAUACACCCAUGGAUACAGAUAAAAUCAAGGUUUUCGGUAGUAGCAUUAAAGUCGAUUCUUUAGCUAAAAUUGCUGACCUCGAAUUAGCUGAAAAAGAAAAAAUGAAAGAUAAAGUCGAAAAGAUUCUCAAUCAUAAUUGCAAUGUAUUUAUUAACCGCCAAUUGAUCUACAAUUACCCUGAGCAAUUGUUCGCUGAUGCCGGCAUAAUGGCUAUUGAACAUGCUGAUUUUGAUGGCAUUGAACGCUUGGCUUUAGUCACUGGUGGUGAAAUUGUGUCGACCUUUGAUAAUCCGUCAAUGGUUAAGUUGGGUGAAUGUGAACUUAUCGAACAAGUUAUGAUUGGAGAGGAUACUUUAUUACGCUUUAGUGGUGUCAAAUUGGGUGAAGCCUGCACUAUAGUAAUUCGUGGAGCUACGCAACAAAUUUUAGACGAAGCUGAACGUUCCCUACAUGAUGCGUUAUGUGUGUUGGCUGCGACCGUUAAAGAAUCGCGUACCAUUUUCGGUGGUGGCUGCUCUGAAGCAUUAAUGGCCAAUGCUGUUUUUAAAAAAGCUGCCGAGACACCCGGAAAAGAGUCGAUUGCAAUGGAGGCUUUUGCACGCGCCUUACUUACAUUGCCCACUGCAAUUGCUGACAAUGCCGGUUACGAUUCCGCUCAAUUAAUUUCCGAAUUAAGAGCUGCUCAUGCGCAAGGCACACCCACAGCCGGCCUAGACAUGGAGAAAGGUAAAAUCGGUGAUAUGAAAGAAUUGGGUAUAACCGAAUCGUUCGCCGUUAAACGCCAAGUAUUGCUGUCCGCUACGGAAGCAGCCGAAAUGAUAUUGCGCGUAGAUAACAUUAUAAAAUGCGCUCCCAGGAAACGUGUUCCCGAUCGCGGUUAUUGUUAAAUGAAAAUUAAUUGCUCUACAAUUACUUCCUUUAUUCUAUAUUCUUUCUUUCAUUACAACUAAUUCGAUUAAAUACCUCUAACUCUUAAUUCAUUGCGUAUUAUAUUUUACUCUUUUCACAUUGUGGUUAUGCUGAUAUUAAUUUUUUAAUAAAAUUUCGCCAAUGCGGGACAGUAACAUUCUGCUAA